AUGAGUGCGGCGACGAGUCCGACCAGGGCGAGCUGGAAGAGGAGGCCCAGGAGCUCGCCGCCCCUCAUGGUGAGGGCGCGCCCGACUUGGAUGGUGGCCGCCAAGGCCAACACCAAUGAGGAUGUCGUCCUGGAGUUUGUCGGGGACCUCAUCCCAUUUGACAAGGCGCGUGCCACUACGAGCGCGUCCCCAUGGAUGGCGGGAGGUGGAGGGUGGUUUGUGCAGGAUGGGGAGGUGGGAGAAGAAGAACUCUGA